GGCUAGUCUGUUUUGAGGCUGGCUGACACCUCCUAACAGCCUCCUGACAGACGUCGCGCGUCCGGAAAAUGCACCCCGACGCUUCUAGUUCUGUGAUAAUUAUUCCUGUUCUCUAAGCUAGUUUUUUAUUCUGGAUCACUGAAAGAACCUACUUGCACCUCCAUCCACCGUCGUACAUCUUAUCCGCUAAUAGCCCCGCAAUGGCGAGUCAAGCCAUUGUCGCAAUGCGCGUAUGCGCGCCUCCGGGCCUUGCGCCGUACAUGGGCGCGCGGUGGCGGAAGGCCCCCAACUCCCCGCAGUUCAGCUCCGCCUUCGUCGUCCCCAUGCGGCCGAAGCGCGUUACUCUGAGCUUCAGGCGAAACUGCCGUCGCCCGGUCUCCGCCAUCUUCCGCGCUCAGCGCGCGGGCGAGACGCGCGCGGGCGCGCGGUCGUGGAUGGAGCGGAUGGCGAAGGCGGCGGAAGACAUGGCAAAGGGCGCGGAGCGCGCGUCGAAAGAAAUGGCGAAGGUGGCGGCUGCGACGCUGGAGAGCCACAACAAGGCCAUCGAGGCGGCGUCGCCGCUUUUCUCUCACAUCGUCGGCAACGACCAGGCGACCAACUUCAUCACCAAUCUCUUGGUCCCGCACGCCCCUGGUGCCUCCGCCAGCGGUUCUUCCCCCGCUCCCCCCACCUCCCCGCGCUCAGCGGCCCCGCAGCAGCUGGCGGAAGACCACCUGCGCGAGGUGUCGGACGACGUGGCCGCCCACGUCAGCCUCAAGCCUGCCAACGUGGCACCGAUGACGUCAUCGUUCACAUCCCCGUCAUUGGGCGAUGAUGACGAUUCUCAACGUGCUGCGGCUGCCGCGGCUGGUGCGGCGGAUUCUGCUGCAGUUGCCAACCCCACCUCAGUGCCCCUGGAAAUGCGCAAG